UGCUCGGUCAGGACGGUUCCUCGUCUGCUCGAUCUGUUUGCUUCUGAGGGUGUCAACAAUGGAACAUUCAGAACCGCCAGAGACUCAGGUCGCUGUACUUUUAUGCAUGCACGCGCAGCAGCAAAGCUCUUUGGCUGCCAUCCGAGCUGCCGUGUCAUCGGCAAAAAGUGAGGCCGAUCGCUUGGAGGACCAAAUGCUGGCAAAUAACUUCGUGCUCGCAACAACAGGGGUGGACUGUCUCACAGUGCAUCGGCAGGUGCAGUUCUUCGUGAGGCACGAGCGAUGGUUUGAAGACACCCUGCCCAACAUGCCGGAGUACUUUUUCAAACAGGCGUUCCGUGUAAGGCCAGCUACAUUUCGUUACCUUGUUGAUGUGUGCCGGCCUUACAUGGAGCGACAAGUCACCUGCAUGCGGAAGACGAUCGCGAUGGAGAAGCGGGCGGGAGUGGCCCUCUUUAAACUAUGCUCCACGGCCGAGGACAGGACGGUGGCCACCCUGUUCGGUAUCGGCCGAUCGACAGUCAACGAACUGUACCGGGAGUUUUGCGAGACGAUCGUGGCUGUCCUCGAGCCCGAAUGGGCCAAACUGAUGACCCAAAAGGAGCUGCCGGAACAUAUCCGUGAGUUCCAAGCUGUGUUGGAGUUUCCGCAAGGAGUUGGAGCGCUGGAUGGGUGCCACUUCCCGGUGUCACCACCACAAGAAAAUGCAAGCGACUACCACAACUACAAGAGCUGGUAUAGCAUCAUUCUGCUGGCUCUGGUGGACCACCGCUACAGGUUCCGCUAUGUCAACGUGGGAGCACCAGGGCGAUGCCACGACGCGCACGUCUUCCGCAGGUCGGAGCUUGCAAAGGUCUUGGAAGGACCAUUGUUUCGAGCUCCGCUUGUCACUGUGAAUGGAGCUGUUGUGCCACCACUGAUCUUGUGCGAUCAGGCCUUCCCUCUCACAUCAAACCUCCUCAAGCCCUAUCCGCGCAAGGGCUUAAAGGAAAGGUCUCCAGAAGCUAGCUUCAACAAGCAGCUCUCGGGAGCACGAAGGAUAGUAGAGAACGCCUUUGGCAGAGUGAAGGCACGCUUUCGCUGCAUAAUGAAAAGAAUGGAGUGCCACGUAGACAAUGCCAGGGUCAUCAUCCGAGCCUGCUGUGUGCUCAACAACAUCUGCGAGCACUUCAAUGAUGGGGUUGAGCCACAGUGGGUCACCGAGGUGCAGCUUUACGACCACAUGUUCCUGCAACCUCUCUGUAGAACGGAUGUUGCCGCUGGAAAUGGACAGGACGUGAGGGCAGCCAUAGCAGCCUACCUCCAUAGGCGGAACACGCAGCAACACGCAACGUAAUCCAGUGAUGACAUCACAUGUACAAGUGGCAGGAAGGACUCGAUGGAAGAUCAUCCAACUUCCAAACGAAAUGUGAAGCCAACUCACUGCACUAGCCCUGUGCAUGCCCACACCUCUUGGUGAAGCUAGCUGGCCUUGCUGUUUGUUCGGAAGUUGCAUGGUUUAUCGUCAAUCCCUCCCUGCCACCUGCAUAUGUGCUGGUCUGUUUACCGGUAUGUAUGUGCAGCAUUACUAUGUCCAGGUUUCAUACUUUGCUCAUACAUACAGUAAUCCAGCUACGCAACAUAUUGGGAGAACAAGCCUCUUAAUGGAAACCUUCUUUUGUAAUAGCGUCUCCACUUAGUACGACUGUUUCAAGGAACUUGCAUAUCAUAUUUGAAUUUCCUUAAAUAGGUACUAAUGAUUUUUCUGACAUUGACUUUCUGUGGCGGUAACUUAAUUUAUGAGCUUGAAGCGUCCCAAAAAUUCAAUAAUUGCAAUCAUGCACGUUCUAUUUUCAUAUUAAAAGCUUGAUCCAAAAACGUAACCCACACUUUUAUUUGAGAUAUUUCAGAACAGUGAAACGGUCGAUAAAGGGCAAGCGAUUGCGUGUGGCUGACCAACAUAGUGAUUAUCAAUUAAAUGCGUAUCAGACUCUUUUCAAAAUGAAUGACAAUAUUGAUCAGAGCUCCGCAUAUUGAGUGCUCUUAUUGAUAGCGAAGAGCUAGACCGCAAGAGAUUAUAUCCGCAUGCAUUUCUCCCAUACUGAGACUCGUGAGCGGUUUUGUACUCUGGUUGUGGAAAUAUUCAUCAAUUGACAUCUAUUGAACAAUAUAGCACUGAAAAAUACUCUUUUUUUGUUUUUUCUUUUUUCAGGGAUGUUUUUUUUGGUAUGUUAGAGCUUUAGGAGGAUUGGUGGCCGAGUGGGCUAGCACACACGAGCUCGGAGC